GUAGAGCACAUGGUGAUAUUGUGUAUCAGUAAAACAAUGAAAAUAGAAAUGAUUUCCACAAAUCACUCAGCAGCGAAAGAUGUGGAUCACGACUGUCCUAGCCCUGUGCUUGUUGGAGAUGGGAAAUAUUGCUGAAGCUUACGGUCCCUAUGGCGUGACACUUAUGAAUUCUCUCCUUGCGAAUUACCAUUCCGGCGUCAGACCCCGGAUGAACUCCAGCGACGCUGUGAACGUCAAUGUGACAUGGACUAUCUCCGUCGUACGGGAAGUGAAUGAAAAGGAAUCCAUGAUUACCAUGUUAAUAGACAUCAAGAGCGUGUGGAUGGACGAUUUCUUAACUUGGAAUCCACAACAUUACGGGAACGUCUCACGUCUGGUAUUCAGUGGCUCACAGAUCUGGAGUCCUCGACUGUUUGUCGCGAACAAAUUAGGGGGAAAUUUCCUGUCAAAAGGAUUCACUGAAGAAUAUCUGGAGGUCACUAGCCAGGGCAAGGUCACAGCCAAACAUACGGAUGAGGCCAAAGUUCUAAUAAGCUUCGACACCAAACUUUUCCCAUUCGACAGCCAAGACUGCCGCGCCAUUCUCCAAGUCUCUGGGUACAAGGCAACAGAGGUCUAUCUAGAUCACAUACAACUACAGUUCAGUUCAUUUGUAGAAUCACCGCUUUGGGUCAUCUCUAAUUCAGGAACACGCUUUUUCCCCUACUCCAAUUCACAAAUCCUCUCAAUUGACCUGACCUUGAGGAGGAAACCUUUGUAUUACAUCUUUACCAUGUUCGGUCCCUCCUUGAUCUUAUCUAUUCUGCUAUUGGUCGCUUUCUUUUUGCCCAGUGACAACGGCGAGAAGAUUAUGUGCGGGACUACCAUUUUCCUGUCUUACGUGGUGUUCCUGUCUCAGUUAUCAAACAUGUUACCAGAGGAUUCUAAUAACGUUCCGAACAUAGGAGUGUACUACAUUUUGCUGAUGAUAAGCAGUGCCGUUAUGGUUGCCAGCUCCAUAGUAGUGAAUUUCUUGCGAAGCAAACAAGACUCUGAUAGAUUUUGCUUUGUAAGAAAGAGACAAGAUUUUCUGCAGAAAUGUCUAAACUCUACAUGUUUUGUAAUGGCCUUAAGUUGUACAAUAGUAGCAUUUACACUGGUAUAUCUAAAAAGUUAAACUCUGUAACUCUGUACAUGUAUUCUAUAUUAGGAUGCAAUACAAUCAAAACACAAAAUUUU